AUGGCUGACGGGGACAACAGCUGGUCGGGGAGCGAAGAGGAGCAGAGCGGCCCGGGCGGGAGACUGGGCGACGGGUACGAGACCACGGCCGGCAGCAGUGGACAUACUGGCGCAGAGAGCGGGCCGCAUCCGACGACCGAGUUCAGGGCGUGCUACCUUCUGACCUCGCUGUCAGAGACUGCCGGUGGGCAGACGUACAUCGGGUACACCAACGAUCCGCGGCGGCGGCUGCGGCAGCACAACGGAGAGAUUGCCGGCGGAGCCAAGAAGACAAAGUCGAAGCGGCCAUGGGACAUGGUCCUUCUUGUCUACGGCUUUACCACCGAAGUCUCUGCCCUCCAGUUUGAGUGGCACUGGACGCAUCCGACGCAAUCGUCGCAUCUCAAGGGCCAUGUGCCGGCUACACGCGCGCUGGGCGGCAAGAUGCGGCAUCAUCCGCGGUCCAAGACCAAGGCGCUGCCGACGGUCUUUGCGGUGCUGUACGAGAUGCUCUCGCUCCCACCGUUUGCACGCCUCCCGCUCAAGGUCAACUUCUUUGACCCGCUCCACCACUCGGAGCUCACCUCGCUCGCCGGCCUGCCGCCGCUGCCGCGCCACAUGCGGGUGGCCAUCGGCUCGAUGGCCCAGCUCUACUGCUACAUCUCCAAGCGGUUCAUCCACGCGUCGGACCUCGAGCUCACACCGGGAGAGCGUGCGGAAGCGGCGGCCGAGCGUGCAGCAGCGGCAGCGGCGUCGCCACUUGCCCGCUCGCGGCUCGCGGCAGCGGCGCCCGAGGUGCCAUGCCACGGGUGCGACGCGGCGUCGUCGGCGCAGGAGCUCGCCGAGUGCGUCUCGCCCGAGUGCGGCGCAACGUAUCAUCUUGCAUGCCUUGCGCGCGCCUCGCUGGCGCGUGAUCCGGGUGAACUGCUGCCGACCCACGCGGUGUGUCCGGCGUGCGGGAUGACGACCUUGUGGGGCGACUUUGUCCGCGCACACCUACUGCUUGGCGGUGGGUGA